AUGGAGCAGCCGGCAGUUGCUACUCAGAAGCCGCCUGCUGGUCUUGCGGGCGUUCUCAACUCUCCCGACGCGAACCGGGACUCGGCAUACUAUUCCAUCACGGAUGCUUCAAGCAAACCCUCCGCCGGCAUGGAUAAGACACCGUCUCCGACAGCUGCAGCGCACCUCCUGCCUCAGCCUCUGCUCUCGCCGUCGACAAGCAGCAUGAGCGUGGCAUCUAUCGUCUCGCCUACUACACCUAGCAGCGGCGACCUGCGCCGCCUGACCAUUGACCGCCCGCAGUCCCUCGAAUCGGCACCUAACAGCGCUUCGCUCACCGCCGCCGUCGAGUAUGACCACAUGUCCCGCCGCGAGAGCGUCGACAGCCGCAUCAACCAGGGCAUCGGCGACCUGCGCCUCGGCGGCAACUCCCCCUAUGCCACCCAUAACCACUCGACCACGUCCGUCCAUACCAACCACAACAGCUUCCAGGCCCAGCAGCGCCAGCCGCGCACCGGGCUCGACAGCCUCUCUGUGCACCGCAUCUCCAAUGGCUACCAGCCGAGCGCGGAGCGCAACCCGGACAUCCAGAACAAGACUGUGCGCACGGCGCCCGCCAUCACAGGACCGGCCAUCAGCCAAAUUGCGCGCGCCGCCGAGCCCACCAAGGGUCAGGCAUGGGCGUUCCCCGAAGAGGAGAUCCAGCGCCUGCCGUCGGCCGCCAGCCAGUCCUUCGUCGAUUCGCGCCGCAGCAGUGUCGCGGACUCCCUUGCGAGCAGCCAGUUCACCACCGAAUCGCGCCUGCCCAAUGGCCAGCGGCGCUUUGACGACCCGGUGUCAAGCCGCCUUGGUCCCCACGAUGGUCCCAACGAUAACAUCGACUACCACCAAAGCCAACGCCUGUCGGGCGCCUCCGGCGAGUACCCGACCACACACCACCACGCCCUGCAGCACAAACAGAUUGACGACCUCCAGGCCGAGACGGGAAGCUUGCACGCAGGCUCGCAGCCCUACAGCAGAACGCCCGAGCUGCGCAUCAGCCACAAGCUCGCUGAACGGAAGCGUCGUACUGAGAUGAAGGAGCUUUUCGAGCAGCUUCGUGACCUGAUGCCCCAAGAACGGGGAUCCAAGGCGUCCAAGUGGGAAAUCCUCACCAAGGCCAUCACGGAGCACCAGCGCCUGCAAGAGACGGUCCGCUCCGCCACUCUGCACCAGUCGGCCGUCGCCAACGACAUCGCUGCCAUGAAAAACGAGAUGCACGCCCUGCGCAUGGAGAACCAGCAGCUCCGCGCCGAUAUGGCCGCCAUGCAAGCCAACGGUGGUGGUGGUGCCACGAACGGCCAGGCACCGCCGGGCAUGUCGGACCACUUUGCCAGAGGCCCCGGCCGCGAUAACAACCAGCAACUGCCUCCUCUUCGGUCCCUGAGCAGCGGCCUCCCGCCGCCGACGACUCAGGCGCCACCACCGGAGUCCAUGACUGGCGUCCAGUAUGACCAAUCCAGAGUCAACGGUUUCCGCCCGCAGAUUGACCGGUUCUGA